AUGGCCAAAUCCUUCCCAGUACUCUGCUCCCUUCUAUUCUUUACCCUGAUACACUUGGCAUUACCUUUUGAUGAGAGCACUGUUAAAUGUCCAUAUAAGAAAGUAGACUUGAGUUGGUUCAAAGGAAUAGUGAACCCCUGCCCUGGAGCUUAUCAACACAUCUGUGGCAGCAAUUUGGUAACCUAUGACAACCCCUGCAUCUUGUGUGUUGAGAGCAUGAAAUCUCGGGGAAAAAUUGUAUUUCUAUGUGAUGGAAAAUGCUAG